UGGCUGCAAUUGACAUGUACAGUACAUGUACAUGUACACUCUAGACUGUUCAUCAUCAAAGUUAGAACGUUCGUGUUAACAAGAUAAUAAUUUCCUUUCCGGAGGCACUGAUCCCAACUCGGUGGGGCUGAAGAACAAUCGCAAUGAAUUUCUUUCUCAUGCAGGUACUAUCACUAUCAGUAUUCGUGCUCAUCCAGUCUGUACCGGUAGCUACGCCUCGUAUACGUAGUCCUACAUUUUGCCCACAAUCCUCCAGCGGCAAUGUUACACUGGAUGUAUUCGGCAUGGUAAACAAGACUGCCUACGCACAGCUUGGGGUGUGGCACCGGUUGCCCUGCCCGUCUUAUCAACAAGGAGAAAACGUCAGUGGGGCGUCAUGGUACAAAGAGCCUGGAAGACAGCAUCUGCUUACAUAUCAUUCUAAGGAAGGGACGUUUUUGCCGGAACAUGAGAGAUAUGGCCCUUCAUUCGACUUCGGCCUUGCCAUUAAAGGCAUUGAGGAAGGAGAUGCUGGCAGAUAUCAGUGUGAAGUCCUAUUUGGACAAAUAGAUGAAAGUUUGAAGACAGUCGAGGAAAUCAACAUAAAAGUUAUUGGUGAUUCGUUUCAACCCAGCAUCAGUCACAAGUCAUCCAUGGCCAUACAUGAACGUGAGCAAAGACGGACAGUUAUUACCUGUCCCUAUAACCCUCAGACGCCAAACACAUUUGUUGUGUAUUGGUCUUUGGAAAACGUCGCCACUAUGCACAAUGAGAUUAUUGGGGCAAAAUUCUUCAAUGGGACGGUAGCACAGAACCAGUUUUGCACCGAUUACAGCAUUGGUAGCAAUGGUUCACUUACUGUGAACACCUGGAACAGUAUUGGAGAAAACCAAGUAACGUUCUGGUGCCAUGUGUUCAAGAGAGAUGGAACGCCCAGCAGUUGUUCCAUUAAAGUUUAUCUGCGGCAAGAGUCACUACUCUAUCUUCAGAAGGAGUCCAAGGAAGUCCAUCCGUGCUCAAGUUUGAACCCUGGCAGUGUUGCUCAAGAUGUAUUUGGCAUAGUAAACAAGACUGCCUACGCACAGCUUGGGGUGUGGCACCGAUUGCCCUGCCCAUCUUAUCAACAAGGAGAAAACGUCACUGGGGUGUCAUGGUACAAAAAGCCUCGAAGACAGGAUCUGAUUUCAAUUCAUCCUGCGGAAAGGAAGUUUUUGUCGAAUGAUGAGAGAUAUGGCCGUUCAUCCGACUUCAGCCUUGUCAUUAAAGGCAUUGAGGAAAGAGAUGCUGGCAGAUAUCAGUGUGAAGUCCUGUUUGGACCUGUAGGUAUCAGUUUGAAGAUAGUCGAGGAAAUCAACAUAAAAGUUAUUGGUGAUUCGUUUCAACCCAACAUCAGUGACAACUCAUCGAAUGUCACAUUGCAGCGUGGGCAAAGACAGAAAGUUACCUGUCCCUGUGACCCACAGACACUAAACACAUCUGUCGUGUAUUGGUCUUUGGGUAAAGGCGUCACUACACCUACUCAAAUCAUUGGUGCACGAUUCUUCGAUGGGACAGUAGUACAGAUGCAGUUUGGCGCCGAUUACAGCAUUGGUAGCAAUGGUUCACUUACAAUCAACUCCUGGAGCAGUAUAGAAGAAGACCAAGUAACAUUCUGGUGUCAUGUGUUUAAGAGAGAUGGGACACUCAGUAGUUGCAGCACUGAAGCCCACAUACUGCAAGAUCAGCCUCUAAACUUAGCUCUGAACGCUUCAUCAGCAUUGUAUCUUCGGGAAGGAUUCAAGCAAAUUCUCCCUUGUACAAAUUGGAGGCCUGGUGUUCCAGUGUGUGGAAUUCAAUGGUAUUUACUGAGUAAUUCACUCAAUUCAACUGUCGUUAAGUACAACCUGUCAUCCGAUUUUCUCCAAAUUGAUGCGGCAUACAUGUAUGAUCUUGCCAGUAACUUUUCUCUUGUCAUCAAAGCCGUGGAGAGUACGCAUGCUGGACGAUUCACCUGUGUUCCUGAUUGUGCUAGAAGUAAACCUGUGGAAUACAUGUAUCUUGAUACAAAUGUAAUUGGUGACUUGUUCCCGGCAUGCCGGAAUUAUACUGCAUCCUCAGUUGAAGUGACAAACGGACAACAAAUUGUACUGCCCUGUGAAUGUGCACAGCAGACGAGGAAUGCAUCCGUAACUGCAUUGUUCUGGUCGAUGGGGGAGGGAGUAACUACUGGUACAUCCGUGAACUGUGCUCCUUUGGAAAAUGGUUCCAUGAUUUGUUCUGAUGGCUACUCUGUUUCUAGCAACUGGUCACUGACGGUCAGCCGCCUGAAUGAUUCUGGAAGAUUUUGGUGUCAUGUGUUCUGGACAAAUGACACACUUUCCAAUUGUUACACAGAUGUUAAAUUUAUAGAUACAUCUGCAGGUCCAUGUACCAGUGCAGCGAUCAUCGUGAUAAUUGUGGUCCUAGGUUUAGUUGCAAGUGGCUAUUUCAUGUGGAAUCGAAGACGCUCACGGAGGGCUCGGGAUGGACGCUCUGAGAUAAUAGGUUUUGAAGACUGA